GAGCGGGAUUGUUCCUUGCCAGAUACCACGCAUCAAAAAGCAAUGAUGGAGCUACUAGAAGCUCUCUGAUCGGGCAUCUAGAUUCAGUAUCAAUCUCGGCGGUCGAGUCAGUCGCUCCAUGGGGAGGAAUCCUCUGCGCGGUGGUACUGCUUGUGUAUACCACGGUACACUGUUCCCGGAUGGAACCGAAGUGGCGAUCAAAACCUUCCAUAGCACAGCGUCUGGGAAUGACGAUGAAUUGAAGCAUAUCUUUCGAGAGGUGCAUACAUGGUCAAAGUUGCGCCACGAAAACAUCGUCCGCAUGCUCGGGAUCUGUACAGAAUUUGGAUUGCACAGUUUCGAUAGUAUCUGAAUGGAUGUCACUGGGAAACGCGUACACUUAUGUCCAAGCUACAGAGAAUGAUCCACGGCCGCUUCUCGAAGACAUUGCGAGCGGACUGUACUAUCUUCAUAGUCAUGAUUUGGGCCCAGUAAUCCAUGGAGAUCUGAAAGGCCCGAAUGUACUGGUGUCCAGUGAUCGCCGGGCGCUGCUGACUGACUUCGGCCUUGCAACCCUAAACGUCUCUACCUUCAACAUGACUGUCGAUGCCAUCCGCGGAGGCUCGUGCCAUUGGAUGGCCCCAGAGCUUCUAGAUGACUGCCCUGCGUCAAUAAAAAGCGACGUGUGGGCAUUCGGGAUGACGACUCUGGUGAUCCUCUUGGUUUGUUCUUUCGAACAGCAUUUAUUCUAUUCCUAGGAGUUGUUCACUCGAGCAGUACCCUUUUUCCGAUUGCCGCAAUCCAGGAACUGUGUUCGUCAGGAUAAUAAACUACGAAUUACCACCCCAUCCUGGCGAGGAGCUAACGCAAUUUCGCCUGACAGACGCGUGGUGGGAGAUUUGCACCUCAUGCUGGGGACGUGAUCCUUCGUCACGUC